GGCUGUUCUUCAAGUUCAAAGAGCAGAUCAUAAGGAGCACUGAGGAACAGUAAGAACUUUCACUCCAUGAUGCUUUCAUUAAGAGUCACAACAUCUGUAUACUUGCUUGUGCAAGCCAGCCAAAGGAAAGGUUUCUGUUAGAGGAAAGUAGUUUGCACUUCCAGUAUUUCCAGUGGGGAAAGUAAUUUCUUUUCUUUUUAUAGCCUUGCAGCUUGCCAGAAAUCAAUAAGUCUGCUGAAGUAGUUUCCUCACCUCUGUAUCUAGCAUUGCACAACUGUGUGCUAGGCAAGUGCAGGCAAAAUGAUAUGUAGCAACAACCCUCUUAAAACCUCCUAUUAUGUAAUAGCCACUGCUUGGGCAGUAUUUUAGUAGGGUUUCUUGUAAAACUGUAUUGUUCUGUUAUUUGGUUUUCACUCAGCUAACAGUGAGCAACUCUUUGUUCAUGGUAAGGGAACACAGCACCUUGGCAACGUUUUUAGGAUGUUGUAAGAAUUUUUUCAACUGUUCAUAUAACACAGUGGUGUAACAGGUAGGUUUUGUUUGUUUGUUUAAAAAAACAACAAAAAUAAAAAUGUCCUUUAACAUGGAGAUAUUUAAGCAGCAGAGUGGCCAACUUGGUCUAUAGAGUAGGUUCUCCUACAUAUUGUGUUAAGCACUUGGUAAAAUAGUGGUCCUAGUAGAACAGAUCUAAUGUAGCACAAUAUAUGUAGGGUAAAAGAACAAGUAAAAGGAGAAUAUUUCUUUAUAAUAAUUAGUACAUUCAGAUCUCCUUCCACCAAGCCACUGUCAAACUUGUUUUCACAGUACAGAGACAAGUCUCUGGAGGGAACCUGAAACUGUGAAAUACGAUAAAAACUGUAUACUAUUUUAGAUAUCACCCUAUUUUGUCCUACAGGUUGUGAUUAAGAACAGACAGUAAGCUUAGAGUCUUGAGAACAGUAUAUUUCAGCAAUGUAAGAGAACCAGGCUGCUGGUUACACAAAUUACCUCAAAGAUUUUUAGUUCAUCUGAGUUCCUCCUUGCAAGCUUGAGGGCAAAAUACAAGGAGGAAGAAACCUGCCCACACUGAAGUUCAUGACAAAAUUCUCAUAGUGAUAAGAAGCAAUGGACCAAGAUUCACACUGCACGGCAGAAAGGGAGCUAUUGGAAGCUGUGAGCAGAAUUACUACGUCUUCUACCACAAGUCCAUCUGAUGAAGAAGAAAAUCAGCCCAAAGCUGAAAUUUCAUGUCAAGUGAAAAAAGAAAAUCCAGAAAAAGAUGACAUGCAAGAUUCCGGUGCAACCCUAAGCCCCAACUCUUCAAUGACCACUAAGGAGCUUCAGGAAUAUUGGAGGAAUGAAAAACGUCAGUGCAAACAAAUCAAGCUCCUUUUUGAAAUCCCAUCAACCAGAAUUGUAGAGCACCACUUCUCUAAAUAUGUGAUGUAUAAAAUCAUAAUUUUGCAAACAGGGAGUUUUGACAGCAACAAGUCUGUAAUUGAGCGGCGUUAUUCAGAUUUUGAGAAAUUGCACAGAAAUCUGCUGGAGGAAUAUAGCGAAGAAAUGGAGGAUGUAACCUUUCCCAAAAAAGCUCUAACAGGGAACUUCACAGAAGAAAUAAUCAAUGAAAGAAAAUUAGCCUUCAAGGACUACCUGAGACUCCUAUAUUCUAUGAAAUAUAUCAGAAGAUCAAAAAAAUUUAUUGACUUUUUAACAAGGCCAGAGCUUCAGGAAGCAUAUGGUUGCCUACGGGGUGGCCAGUACACCAAAGCUUUGGAAAUCCUUUUAGAAGUCAUUGGUCUGCAGGAAAGGCUGACCAGAGGGAACCCUUUUGCAAUUGUCCCUACUCUCUGUGCCAUCGUGGUGUGCCACAAGGACCUGGAGAACCCAGCAAGCGCCUUUGAAUACGGAGAAAAAGCUCUGACACGCCUUCGUGUGCAUACCAGCCACAGGUAUUAUAUUCCUCUGUUAGAAACAAUGAUCACUCUGGCAUAUGAACUUGGCAAGGAUUUUCUGUCUUUGCAAGAAAAACUGGAAGAAUGGAAGACAAAGAAAGAUCCCAUACGGGUUUUUACCCUGAAAGAACUUGCAGUUCGGGAGUACGUACGGUGAACACAAGAAAAAUUUAAUGAAAGAGCAAACUCUUGAAAGAGUGGGAACUGGAAAUUACCUGUUUGGCUUGUAUAACAUUAGGAACAAUAGGAAAAAAUUAAAUUAAAUAUCUUUUAUUUUCAAAGGGACAUUAGCUUCUAUGCUGGAAUAUAUCUCAUCUACUGUACAGAUAUGAGGAGUACCUGAGGAGCAUCUUAAGGCUUUUUGAAGGCAGCUUGCAAGAAAAUAAUAAUUUCUAAUUUGGUUAUUUUGAAUGUAGCUUAUUUUAUGUGAUAAGUCAAAAUAAGAAAAUACAAUUAAUAAAGUACUUGGAAAUGUACAGAA